GCUGGGAAUAGCACAAGCAGCAAUUAGCCCGCGACCUCCGCAAAAGCAGCGCGCGAUUUUGGAUCCGGGGCUCUAGAGUCCAGACUGUUCCCGAGUUUUCUUUCUCCCCCACCGCGCCGCACCUCCUCCACCGCGCGCCGCAGCGGACGAGACCAUGUGCCCCACAGGCAGGUACCUGGGCCUCGACCUCUCCGCCGCCGCAGCCGCGGGCGUCGGCGGCGACCUGAGGCCGGCGUUCGACGUGCUGGACGCGGACCGGGACGGCCGCAUCAGCCGGGAGGACCUCAAGUCCUUCUACGCCACCGCCGGGGGGCGGUUCGACGACGACGACCUCGCGGCCAUGAUCGCGGCCGCCGACGCCGACCGCGACGGCUUCGUGCAGUACGACGAGUUCGAGCGCCUGCUGGCCGGGCGCGCCGCCACGGCCGUCGCCCGCGUGGGGGGCGCCGGGGUGCGGUCCGCUGUGGAGGACGCGUUCCGGCUCAUGGACCGGGACGGGGACGGCAAGGUCGGGUUCGAGGACCUCAAGGCGUACCUCGGGUGGGCCGGGAUGCCCGCGGCGGACGAGGAGGUCCGCGCCAUGAUCCGCGUCGCCGGCGGAGGGGACGGCGACGAAGGCGUGGGGAUCGAGGCGCUCGCCAGAGUGCUCGCGGUCGACUUGGAAGGCAUCGCCCUCUGAAAACUCUGGGCUGAUUGCAGAGGCAGAGCAUUGUGCGUUGUUUUUUCUGUGAUUCUUUUCUUGGGUUUGGUUGGUGACACCGAGAGAUGGGAUGUGAUUUGUCUGUGGUUGGUUCACACGGACCUUGAGGCGUGCGUGUAUUGUAUCUGCCCCUCCAUGAAAAAAUAUCGAAAAGGUUGCAUCGAUGCUGCCCAUUCAGGUGUUUUGAA